CUAAUUUAUAUUAAUAUAAUAUUAAUAAUAUAUGGCCCGUCGAUUAUCAUUUGAUUUAACUAGAAACUAUAGAAAUGGUGAUGUUGAACUAAAUUCACCUACCACGCCAGACACACCAUCACCACUAUUGACCAAGCAGCAUAAUAAUAAUAAAUGGCGUUUAAAGUGGCCGGACUUUUGUUGUUGUAGCAAGGACAAAAAUAACAAUGAUCCGAGCAAAAAGGAGAUGGACCUAUCUAAAGAGGUCACUAUUCAAGAGCACAUGUAUACUUUUGAAAAGCUAUGCUCAGAGCUGAAAACCGAUCUAGAUAAUGGAGUGACCGAUAGCGAGGCCAGCUAUCGAUACGCCCGAGACGGACCCAACGCGUUUACCCCACCUAAACAAACGCCCUGGUUCAUUUUGCUCGGUCGCGAAAUGAGCACAGCGUUUGCCAUUAUCAUCUGGAUCGCAUCGGCUAUUAGUUUAAUAUGCUUUUUCGUUAGCGAACCCCGCAAUAUGCAAUACUAUAUUAUAACCAUAGCGUUAGCGUUGGUUGUAAUAAUCACGGGUCUGUACUCGUACUCGCAACAGGCCAGCAGUGCCGAGAUAUUCAAGUCGUUCAAAAGCAUGGUACCUCAGGCAACAGUGGUAAUCAGAGGGGGCAAGCGGAUAGAGGUGCCCGCCGACCGGCUAGUCAUCGGCGAUCUGGUCUACUGUAAGGCCGGCGACCGGAUUCCGGCCGACAUCCGUAUCGUACGGUGCGAGUCAAUGAAAGUGGACAACUCGUCGCUCACCGGCGAGUCUGACCCGCUGUCCCGGUCGCCAGAGGUGGGCCACCAGAAUCCCCUGGAGGCCAAAAAUCUAGCCUUUUUCUCGACCAAUUGCGUGGACGGCUCCGGCUAUGGCAUCGUUGUGGCCAUUGGCGACAAUACCGUGAUGGGUAACAUCGCCCGUCUGGUCACAGGUAUUAAACAGGAGAAAACACCCAUAGGCAUUGAGAUUAGCAGAUUUACCACGAUUAUUACGGUUAUGGCGUGCGUGGAUGGGCUCAUAUUU